UAUUUUUCCUUUAGAUAAGCAACUCCAACAACGAAAUGAUGGAAAGAAAGAGAACGUAUGAUAGCGAGGGACCACCGACGAAGCGAUCGGCUCUCAUUCAUCUAGACGCUGGUUUUACAUGGAAUUUACAGGCGCUAACAAAAGCUGCCGAAGCUGUGGCGCAGGGCGGCAAGUCGCCGGUGUCCGCCCUCAACGAGCUGGGCGUGAGGGUGGUGUAUAACUUGCUCGAUCAUAGGGGCCCGGCGCAUUGUCCUAACUUCACUGUUGCUGUAACGGUAGCAGAUAUGACAUUCGAAGGAUACGGCAGUAGCAAGAGAGACGCGAGGGCAAACGCGGCGAGGACCUGUCUCAAUGCCUUGCUCAUGAGAGUUGGACAAACGCCCUUGCCUGUCAAGAUGAACAUAGACUUUUCGUCCGAUUUCCAAUGCAUCACCGGUAGGAAAUCGCCGAAACCGAAGAAACCUGGGAAAUCGGAAAAAUCGGAGAAAACGGAAGAAUCGGAAAAAUCGGAAAAUUCGGAAAAAUCUGAAGAAAAUACGGACAUAUCUGAUAAACCGGAAAAUUCAGAGAAACCGGUUGCUAAAGAAAAACCGAAAGCGCCGAUAGUGCCACCGGAACCAUCACCUCAAGAGCCGUCGCUAUUUUCGCCCAAGCCGUGCAUACCGUCGCACAAGAGUCCGAUAAACAAACUGUACGAAAUGUAUCCAACUAUAGAGUUCGCUACUACAUAUGGGGAUGGAUCUACGCUCGAUGUUGAUAGAACAACACUGAAUUUGAAUCACAGCAUGCGUUUCAAAGUCGUGUGUCGACUCAACGGCAUGACUUAUGAAGGAUAUGGUUCAAGUAAAAAACAAGCGAAACUGGCUGCUUCUAAAGCGGCGUUGGCCAGUAUUAUGUCAUCAUCACUGCCUGAGCCAGUGGUGGAUAGUAUAACAGCUAAUAGUAGUUCGGGGAUACCGCAACCGCUGGCUGAUCAUAUUUCUAAAUUGGUGAACGAAAAAUUCACGGAACUAAUGCAGAACGAUCCGGUACAUUUGAAACGUAAGGUGCUGGCCGGCAUUGUGAUCACUAUCGACAAUGAAUUGGAAGGCGCUAAGAUUAUAGCAGUGACGACGGGCACAAAAUGUGUGUCCGGUGAUAAAAUGUCCGUAUCCGGCCGAGCAGUUAAUGAUUGUCACGCUGAGGUUGCAGCCAGGCGUUGCUUGCAAAGAUAUCUUUAUAAACAGCUGUUGAUGUAUGCAGAUUCACCUAGACCACGAGUACCAAUAGAAUCAUCGGACAUCGAACCCAUACCCCUCGCGCACGCCGGUUACAGGCUAAAGGCGAACAGACAGAUACAUUUAUAUAUAAGUACGGCGCCGUGUGGUGAUGGGAGAAUAUUCAGUCCGCAUGAGGAACAAUUGGAACCGGAUAGACAUCCUAACAGGUUCUCUCGCGGCCAGCUGCGUACUAAAAUAGAAUCUGGAGAAGGAACGAUUCCAGUGAAAAAUGCAAGCUUAAUACAAACAUGGGAUGGAGUUUUACAGGGGGAGCGGCUGCUGACGAUGUCGUGCUCGGACAAGCUGGCCCGCUGGUGCGUGGCCGGGCUGCAGGGCGCUCUGCUCGCGCAGCUGCUGCAGCCCGUGUACCUCACCUCCGUGGUGCUGGGCUCGCUGCUGCAGCGGGACCACAUGUACAGAGCGAUCUGCGGCCGCUACGAAGCCCAUCUCCAAGCGUUGCCCCCCCCGCACGGUCUGCACGCCCCGCACCUGGUCCGCGCCGCGAGCACGGAGGCGAGGACGCCGGCUAAAGCGCCAUCUUUUUCAGCUUGCUGGUGUGUUACUUCGCCGAAGCCAGAAAUAAUAAACGCAAUAACGGGCAAGCUGGAGAACGACCAGCCGUCACUGCUGUGCAAACAGGCCAUGUUCGCAAGAUGGCUGUACCUUGUGAGGAAACUGCCUGUGCUGCCUCAGAUGAACCAGUACGACUCUGAACCGUUGUAUUUGGAGGACCCCGGCGGUCUUCUGUACGCGGAGGCGAAGGAAUUGGCUACUUCUUACCAGAUGGCGAAAAACUGUCUAAUGAAGGCGUUCCGUCAAGCCCAACUCGGCACAUGGGUGAAGAAGCCGAUAGAGCAAGAUCAGUUCUACUGCGAAAUAGUUAACGCGAACACUUCCCUGCUGUUCGCCUAGGCGGGCCAAGGGCCAGACGCUUGUAGCACCACGCGGGGGCAAGAACUUGGGGAUUUUUGUGUAAAUAAUACAAAAAAUAAUGAUAAUUGUGAGGAAAAAUGUGAAAAAAUUAAUGAUUGUGCGAAAAACGGGGCAAAAAAUGAUGAAAAUCAAGAAAAAUAUGGCAAAAAUGCAAAAUUUAAUGCAAAUAUCGGUGAAAAAUGUGAAAAACAUAGGGUUUAUGACAAAAACGGGGUAAUAAAUGAUGAAAAUCAAGAAGUAAUUGGUGAAAAUACUAGAGAUUUCAUUAAUAGUAAUAAAAAUAGGUUGAAAAAUGACGUAGAAAUUAGUGUUAAUUACAAUAAUAAUAUACGCAAAGAUAGUGUUAAUCAUCGCUUAAAACCUAGAAAUAGUUCAAAUUUUAGUGAAUAUUGUGUAUGCGAUAUUUCUAAAAGUAAUGAUACAGUAGUUAAAAAUUCUACUAAAAUGCUUCCUAACGUAGUUACAAAUAGUAGAAUAGAUAGUGAGUUAUUACCAAAUGCCAUAGAUGAAAAAAUAUUAAAUGUUAAUACACUGCCAAUUCCAAAUCUUAGACGACCUAAAUGUGUUCCUAUAGAAUCAAAAAUUGACAAUAUGAACACUAAAAAUAGUUUUGAUCAAGGAAAUAGUCUAAAUAAAG